AUGAUGGCCGAAGAGGACCCGAAGGCGGCACAGGAAGAGCUCGCGUUUAUCCACGUCGAGCCCGAAGCGAGCAGCGGAAACGUAGGAGAAAAGACCGCAAGCACUGCUGCAGCUGAUGGUGCAAAAAACAGCGACAAAAAAGCGCUGUUCACGUCUAUUCAGACGGCAGUGACGCGUGCCAAGCAUCCUGUUGCAGCAUUUUUCCACUUGUUGUUCAAGGGACUCGCGCUGUUCUUGUACCUGUUUGGCAGCAUCUUUAUCAGCAACUUUGUCUUCAUCUUUGUCCUGUGCAUCCUGCUCUUGGCCUUUGACUUUUGGACAGUUAAAAAUGUAACCGGUCGAUUGCUCGUGGGGCUGCGCUGGUGGAACCGACUUGACGAGGAUGGCACGAGCGAGUGGGUAUUCGAGUCCCACGAAGUGGUGACGGAGAUCGAUCCGCUGGACUCGCGCGUAUUCUGGACGGGACUUUACGGCGCACCAGCGCUUUGGGUCAUGCUGCUGAUUGUGGCGGUGCUCAAGUUCAACGUCGAGUGGGCCCUCAUUGUCGUGGUAGCUGUGGCCUUGAGCAGUGCCAAUAUCAUUGGCUAUACGAGGUGCAAGAAGGACGCCAAGCAGAAGAUGCAGUCGAUGAUAUCGCAGGGUGCUCUUGGUGCUUUCAGUUCGUCUGCUGGUUCGUCCAUCAUGUCAGCUCUUGGUGGGUUGGCCCUUGGCGAAGGCAUUAGCAAGGGAUUUGGCAGUGCAGCGUCGGAAAAACAGAGCAAGUCGGAAGUCGUUGUGUGA